GUUGCUUCACGGCUUCAUCAUCACUCCACUAGCCAGUCAGCUACUGGCCUACAGCUAGCCGCCUCCUCUCCUCUCAUCCCAUCCCAUCUCAUCUCCGACAAGCGAAGCAGAGCACUGGCAUGAGCAUGGACCGCAUGGCGCGGCGUUCCGUGUCCUUGCUCCUCGCUCUGGCUCUCCUGGCCGCCGCGGCGUCGGCGGACUCGUGGCUGUACGAGAAGUUCACGACGGAGGGCAACGUGCGCGCGGACUACAACGCGCAGGGGCAGCAGGUGACGUCUCUGAUCCUGACGCAGCAGUCCGGCGGCGCCUUCAGCUCGCGGCAGAAGUACCUGUACGGGGAGUUCAGCAUCCAGAUGAGGCUGAUCCCGGGCAACUCCGCGGGCACCGUGACCUCCUUCUACCUGUCGUCGGGCGACGGGCCCGGGCACGACGAGAUCGACAUGGAGUUCAUGGGCAACGCCAGCGGGCAGCCCGUGGUGCUGAACACCAACGUGUGGGCCAACGGCGACGGCAAGAAGGAGCACCAGUUCUACCUGUGGUUCGACCCGGCCGCCGACUUCCACACCUACACCAUCAUCUGGAACGACAAGAACGUCAUCUUCAAGGUGGACGACCUCUUCGUGCGGUGCUUCAAGCGGUACCCGGACCUGGCGUACCCGGGCGGGAAGCCCAUGUCGGUGCACGCCACGCUGUGGGACGGCAGCUACUGGGCCACGCAGCAGGGGAAGGUGAAGGUGGACUGGUCCGCCGCGCCCUUCGCCGUCUCCUACCGCGGCUACUCCGCCGACGCCUGCGUGCCCGACGGCGACGGCCGCCCGCUCUCCUGCCCCGCCGGCACCGACCGCUGGAUGAGCCGCCAGCUCGACGCCGCCGAGUGGGGCACCGUCGCCUGGGCCAGGCAGAACUACAUGCACUACAACUACUGCGACGACGGCUGGCGCUUCCCGCAGGGCUUCCCCGCCGAGUGCUCCCGCAACUGAUUCAUUGGUUUGUUUGUUAUCCCCGAUCCGUUCGCGCGGUCGCCGUCCGUCCCACACAGUGCCCUGCCCUGCCCCCCCGACGAUUUCUUGCUUCCUGUUCCUCAUCUAAUUAAUCAUCAAUGGUGUUUGUUCGUCACCGCUGUUCUUGAUGGAUGGAUGCACAGGACAGGGCAGGACAGAUGUUGUUGCCUUCCAUUCCAUGUACAUUUUGCCGCACAUUUAUACACUACUAGUGCCCUUGAAUGUUUUCUUCUUUCUCUCUGUGUUUUUCUUUACGGUUUGUGAGAUUUGUUACUGAAAGGGAGUUCAUAAAGAUAAUAACGUGAAUUCUACUGUACUACAUACACCGUGAAAACAAAAGGGAAGGCAACGUUGUAGU